AUGACGCGUAGUGAACAACGCGGAGCCCUCUUCGGCUUCGGUACAAACGGCGUUCGCGUUCACGGGCGCGGCUUUGCGUCUCGAGCUGGCGUUUUACAUGGUAAAAUGUCCUCCCUUGACUAUCUGAACUUGUGUCGGCUGUGUCUCGAGAAGGAUCGCGUUUCCGUGCCGAUUUUUGAAGACGAUGGUGACGUACGACAGAUUUUUCUCAAGAUCACCGCCUGUUUGCCGGUCAAGGUAACCAGGGAAGACAAAUUACCUAAAAAGAUAUGUGACGACUGUGUGUAUAAAGUAGAAUUAUGUUAUCAAUUUUGGAAUACAACAGCCAACGCAGAAAAACAAUUAAUGCAAUGGCUAGGCGCAGUAAACAUGGACGACAAACAGGGUUACGUUGGAACUGUUCUCAAUCCGAACGGAAUGAAACCAGGACAGAGCAACGAGAACAGGUUAGAUGGUACUGUGAUGCAACAAGUAAGCGAACAUCAGAACAAUAUGAAUAUGGGUAUGAUGGACAACAUAAAUUUGGGCAUGCCCAUGAUGAUGUCGAGCACUCAACAAGUAACCUCAGUUCCUAUGGACAACAGUAAUAGCUCCGUACAAAAUGUCCAAGCGAUAGCUGGUCCAAGUACGCAAGCGACACAUGACCAAAUUGCGCAAAGUCAAACGGAUGCAAGCGCGCAUCAAGAAGAAGAAGAAGAAAGUAGUGAAGAAGAAGAAAAUACAGACGAUGAGUGUGAUGGAGAUGAAGGCCUACCUAUAAAAGAAGAAGGGGAAGAAGAUCCUAAUAAUAGUAGAACGAUUGAGCCUACAACAUUUGUGAAUGUGUCCUUGGCGUGUGAUGAAGCUGGUCCAUCUGGACUUCAACAACAAAAAAUUGCUGACAUGCCUGAAAUGGUGAUGUCGCAAGCAGCAGAUGUGGAUCCGAAAACUGGGGUCGUGAAUGGAAAUGGAUGUUUUCUGUAUGGCAAAGAAUCUAUUCCAAUGAAGCCGUGGCAAGUAGUUGAUUUGGAGGGACAGCUCUAUUAUGCCUUUCUUCCAUUAAAUCAAAUAUCAAAGAUGAAGGAAGAGAAACAAGAUCCGGAAGAAGAUGAUCCGAAAGAAGACAGUUACGAGUCCAAAAUUAACAUUCAGGAUGUAGAAGAAGAAACCUUCGCAGUGGCAAGUGACAACGAUGUGACAUAUACGGAUGUAUUGAAUGAUUUUUACACCGUGAAGGCAGAAACCAAAGAUAUUUCAGCGGACGAAACACUUGUAACUGCAGAUGAAGAUCAGACUUUCAACGGCGAGGACAACAGGGUCUAUGCAUGCGACAAGUGCAACAUUUGUUUUCCAGAAAUACAAAUGCUUCAAUGCCACGCAAAGGCGGUGCACAAGGAGACGAAAGAGAAUAUAACGUACAAGUGCAAAUUCUGCGCUUAUCUGAGCACCAACAAAUCAACCAUUUACUCGCACGUGAGCAGAAAGCAUCCCACGAAACGCGUGAUUAAACGGCGAAGUAAGCGCAGAAGUACCGCCGUAACUACUAAACCGCAAGAAUACUCGUGCGACGCGUGCGGAUUCAAGUGUCAAAGCCGACGUCGGCUGAAGGAGCAUCUCGAUCGCAAACACGGAUCCAACUACAAUUACGAUUGCGAGUAUUGCGGCAAGAAGUUCAAGGUGAAGAGCGACAUGAGAUUGCACAUACGCUUCAAACACAAGGAAGGCCCGAUAAUCUGCGACGUUUGUGGAAAAACAUGCUCGAACAGUAAUUCGCUUUACGUGCACCAGAAGUGGGCGCACUUCAAGCCCGAGUACGAAUGCGAAAUCUGUAAAAGGCGCAUGGUUACUCAAGAAAAUCUGGAUCAGCAUAUUCUGCUGCAACACGAGCGCAGAGAGAGUUUCGUGUGCGAAGAGUGUGGCAAAUCUUUCCCAGAAAAUCAUCGAUUAAAACAGCAUAUGAUGACCCACACCGGCGACCGACCGUACGACUGUCACAUCUGCGGCAAGGCUUUUGCCCGUAGAACUGCUUACAGACAGCACCUGUUAAUUCAUACGGGAAAACGGCCGUAUGUGUGUGACAUUUGCGGUAAAGCCUUCACACAGAAGCCCGGAUUAAUUGGCCAUCGCAAAUCACAUCCCGGCGAUCAUCCUCCUUUACCGGUCGUGUACGAAGACACCCGUGGUAUUUUCAUCCUUGAUAAAGAAUCGGUGGUGAUGAAAAAAUGGCAAAUUUUAGAAUUUGAUGGCAAGCAUUAUGCAUUUGUACCUGAAGACGAUACGCCUUUACCGGACGAGGAUAUACCGGAGGAAAUAGACGAAAUAGACGAAAUAGAAGAACAAUUAGAAGAAAUAGACUACGAACAUGAGAAAAUAGAGAAGGAAAUAGAAAUGCAAGAAGAUAGUAUGGACAUAAACGAUAUGAAACAGGAGUAUCUCUUUGAAGAGGAAGGCUCGUACGAUUCUAUGGACGAAAGAUUCUAUAAUGAGAAUGAGAACAUUCUUAAUAGAGACAUGGAGGAAAGGGAGGAAUCACGCGAAAAACCAAUCAUACUCAAUGGUAUCGGCGAAGUUGCGGACGACAAAACGGUUGGAGAUUUAUAUCAGGUAAAAGUGCAGGGUAGUACUGUGACUAUCGAGAAACUUGUAUCUUCGGAGGUAGACACGAAGGCAGACGAGUAUCAGCAGGCGGAGUACGCGUGUGACGAAGAGGGAGAGGUAGAAUAUCUGGAAGAAGAAUUGCUAGAUUCUCCUAGCGCUGAUGUGAUACCUGCGAAGACAUCUUUGAAGAGUUCCAGCGGGAAUCUGAAGUGCAAAGUGUGCUCGGAGAUAUUCGACUCGUCGUUAUCGUUCAGGAAACACGUCGCGUGGACUCACAAGAAGAAAGUAUGUAUAAAAGAAGGCAGCGUGUACAUAUGCGCCGUGUGUGAUUACAGAACGUCGAAGAAAAGCACGUUCGCCGCGCAUCUUGAAAGAAAGCACGAGACUUGGUCCAGAAAACGGACUAGUAACACAAUGUUUCCUUGCCCGGCCUGCGGCUUUGUAUGCAGAUCGAAACAUUCCCUGCAAUCACACUUCAUUAGAAAACACACCGACAAAUACGAUCAUCAGUGUAAUUUCUGUGCGAAGAAAUUCAAGGUCAAGGGGGAUUUAACGAAUCACGUACGCUUCCAUCACAAAGAGAAGCCGGUCAAGUGCGACGUCUGCGGCAAACUGUGCCUGAAUAGCGGCUCGUUGUACGUGCAUCAGAAAUGGGCGCAUUACAAGCCCAAGUACGAAUGUCAUAUCUGCAAACGGCGCAUGGUCACACAGGAAAAUCUAGAUCAGCAUUUGGUGUCGCAGCACGAGAAGCGCGAUAAAAUAGUCUGCGCGGAAUGCGGCAAAACCUUCACAAAGAAGGAUUCUUUCAAAAGACACAUGGUUGUUCAUACGGGCUGCAAACCACAUUCCUGUAUGAUUUGUCAUAAACCUUUUGCUAGAAGGUCGCAGCUGCGUCAACAUCUGCUCAUUCACACUGGCAAACGACCGUUUGUGUGCGAUAUAUGUGGCAAGGCUUUUACGCAAAAACCAGGUUUGAUCUGCCACAGAAAAACUCAUCCUGGCCCCCACCCACCGUUGCCGGUUAUGCCAAUUGCCGACAUCGUCAAAGAGUUCACUGAUGGAUAUGAGCAAGAAGUUAUUGCGCGCGAGAACGAAGAGAGGAUCGAUGAGGAAGCAGUGGCCGAUCCGCUGAACGUCGAAUCCAGUGUCGUUCACAGAUCAUUCGCCAGAAUCGAAUGCGAAUGGAUGAAAAGCGAAAAAUCGUUGUUGGAACACGAAGAUGAAAUACCAGAAGAGGUAAAUGCUAACUUAACAAAGGAAUCCAAUUUGCAAAUUGUACAGAAUCGAUCGACUAGAAAAAAGACGACUUGUGUAGAGUGCGAACAUUGUCGUCGCAAAUUUUUGAAGAAGAGCAAUCUCGCCGAGCAUCUGAAGCAGCACAGGCACAAGUGCGCCGAUUGUCCGAAGACCUUCAGUCUGCGGCGUUACCUGGUCUCCCACGUCGAGAAGAACCAUCGACAGCAGAUGUACGAGUGCAGUGUGUGCAAGUACAAGAGCAACAAUAAGGGCACUCUGAAGAAUCACUACAUUCGACUGCACACGAGCAAUUACGACUAUGCGUGCGACACCUGCGGCAAGCAGUUCAAGAUCAAGAAGGCCCUGAAUCACCAUGUGAAACAGAAUCACAGCGGAGCGCCGCCGAUCGUGUGCGACGUCUGCGGUCACUUCAGCAAGAACCUCCACGCUCUCAAAGCCCAUAUGAAAUAUCGGCACUACAAGCCGGACUUUGUUUGUCGAAUAUGUCGACGGGGUAUGACCUCGCAGGAGAAUUUAGAGCAGCACCUCAUGUGGCACGAAACCAGGGAAAAGGUGCUCUGUCCGACCUGCGGCAAGAGAUUUCGAGGGCGGGACCUUGACUCGCACAUGAGGGUGCAUACGGGAGUGAAGCCGUUCCCUUGUCCCGUUUGCGGAAAGACAUUUCGACGACAAACGGCCCAGGAGCAGCACGUGUUGAUUCACACCGGGAAGAGGCCGUACAUUUGCGACAUUUGCGGCCAAGCGUUUGCUCAAAAGCCCGGUUUGAUCUGUCACAGGAAGAGACAUCCUGGCCCGCUGCCCCCGCUGCCUGUAGUCUCUAUUAAGAACAUUGUCACGGAGGAUUUGGAUCCCCUGAACUUCGCGGAUGCCAAUAAUUCGGAAUGGUCGCUUGUAGAAAACGUAGAGUGCACGCCCGACUCAUUGCCAAACAGACUGAAACGACACCUCGUUAGAAAAAGAAAAAUACAUAAAGAGGAAAAUCAUUGUACUAGGAAAGAUGCGAAAAAGCAAAAGCUCAGUCCAAAAAAAGUCGGCACGAAAAAACCUGUACUCUCCCUGGAAUGCAAUAUAUGCGGUAAGCGUUUCAAUCAAAAAUCCACUAUAAUAAUACACAUGAAAAAACAACACAAAUACCAGUGUCAAACCUGCUGCCAGAGCUUUAAUCUGAAGCGAGAACUGAAGCGGCACAUCGAGAAGGUCCACGGGCCCCUUUUGUACCCCUGCAGCAUUUGCGAGUACAAGAGCAACAACAAGUGCACCCUGAAAGACCACUUCAUACGAAAGCACACCAGCGGCUUCCAGUACUCAUGUUCGGUCUGUUCGAAGCAGUUCAAGAUCAAGAACGAUCUGAAGCAACACAUGAAUCAAGUGCACAGCGGCGAACCGCCCAUUAUCUGCAGUAUCUGCGGGCAUGCUUGCAAGAACCUCCCCGCCAUCAAGGCGCACAUGAAGUAUCGACACUACAAGCCAGCUUACGAGUGCAAGAUAUGCAAGCGCGGUCUGACCACGCAAGAGAAUUUGGAUCAACAUCUGAUUUGGCAUCAGCGAAAGGAGAAGGUCGUCUGUCCCACCUGCGGCAAGACUUUCGGCCAGAAGAGGGACUUGGAUCUUCACCUGAGGAUUCAUCAGGGUAUCCGGCCGUUCUCCUGUCCCGUCUGCGGCAAAACCUUUCCCAGAAAAACCGCGCAGGAACAACACAUAUUGAUUCACACCGGCAAAAGACCGUACAUCUGCGACAUAUGCGGGCAAACCUUCGCGCAGAAACCCGGACUUAUCUGCCAUAGAAAGCGGCAUCCUGGACCGUUGCCGCCGUUACCUGUAAUAUCCAUUAAAAAAAUAAUCAUAUAUUUCAUUGUCUUCCCUGAUUUCAGGCAACGAAGGGGUAAAUCACGCGCUGUGCAUCAAUGCGUCAAAUGCGGAGCCUGUUUUCGUCACACGCGGAAACUCGUGGAGCAUCUGAAGAAUCUACACAACAUCGAUCGGGCCUUCAGUUGCGACGAGUGCAGCAAAACGUUUCGCAGUCCGAUGAAUAUAGCUCGCCACAAACUAAUCCACACCGGACUGAAGAUAUUUGCUUGUGAUCUCUGCGAGUAUAGCACCAACCAAAAAUCCAACUUGGAGUGCCAUCGUCGUCGACACGCAAAGGACUACAGUUUCAAGUGCGAGUUGUGCGAUAAAGGUUUCUUCCACAGGACCGAAUAUUUGGAACAUCAGAACGCACAUACGAACAAGAAUCUAUAUCGCUGCGAGCACUGUCACAAGUGUUACUUUUACAAGAAGAAUCUGUCGGUGCAUCUAGUAACGCAUCACGCGGGCAAACAAACCGGCGCGAUCGCAAAGAAUACGAAGGCGAAGCACGCGUGUAAGUUCUGCCCGGAGAGAUUCGUGUACAAAAUAUUAUUAAAGAGACACAUGAAGAAUCAGCAUGGAUUCGCAGAACGCACUCCGACGAAGCACUUGUGCGAUCUGUGCGGUGCAGAAUUAUCGUCGAUGAGACGAUUAAUGGUGCACAAACGAAAUCACGCAGGCGAGAAGAUCUUCGAAUGCGACAUGUGCAACAAGAGAUUCGCUAGCAAGGAGAAUCUGAGUAUUCACAAGCGAACGCACACGGGCGAGAAGCCCUACGUGUGUCCGCAGUGCGGCAGAAGUUUCACGCAGAGAACAUCGUUGGUUCUACAUCUGCGUUAUCAUUCAGAACAAAGACCUUAUCAGUGUGCGGACUGCGGCAAGGGAUUCGUGUCCAAUACUUUGCUCAAGAGACAUCGCAAGGUGCACGAGAAAACCGUGCACCAAUGGACGAAUAAUCAGCUUUCCAACUGUGCCGAAUUGAAAGUGAAGAACGGAGACCUGCCUCUUGAACAGAAAUUCGAAGGUGACGAAAAGACCUGCGUAUUGUGUCAAGAGAAAUUCCACUUCGUUACUAGAUUGGUUGCGCAUCUGAGAACAGCUCACGGUGUUCAUCGACCCUUCAAGUGCGUCACUUGUUGGAAAGACUACCCCCAGCAAUUCAUGCUCAACGCCCACGUAAAGAAAUCGCAUACUCCCAAGACGACGCCGUGCACAGAUUGCAAUUUCAUGGGCGUCAGCGAAGUUGACGUGGAAAGACACAAGAAACGACAUCAUCAAGCUCCGAAAUUCAUGUGCGAAAUUUGUAACGAGAUCUGUAUCGACAAAGAUACUCUAAUCGCACACGCGACGACGCAUAACCUUAUUCAAUAUGAGAGCAACGCGUGUGGUAGCACCUUGAAUGACGAAUUCAGUUUGAAGGAACAUAAUCGUCUAUCUCACCUCGAUCUUAUGGUCGCGUCGGAUGAAAAGAUCGAGGAAUCCAACAAAGCUGCGAGGACCCAAGAAUCCGAGCACAAAUGCGACGUUUGCAACAAGGUCUACAAGUAUCAAUCGCUACUGAAGCAGCACAAGAUCAAAGCCCACGAUAAUCCGUCCAGCUACGAGAAACGCAGGUAUCUUUGCGCAUUAUGCGGCAAAGAGUUGAAGACCGCGAAGGGCCUUGAAAUCCACAAUAGAUCGCACACCGGCGAGAAGCCGUACACUUGCGAAGUAUGCGGAAAAUGUUUCGCCUGCGAGACUGUUCUGAAAACUCACUUUGUCACUCAUACCGGAGAACGGAAAUACUCUUGCGAUCAAUGCGGCAAAGCUUUUACACAGCGAUCCACGUUAGUUGUUCGUAAGCGAUAUCACACAGGUGAACGACCGUACGUUUGCCCUCAAUGCAGUAAACGUUUCGUCACACGAACUAUUCUUAAUACUCAUAUGAAAUCAUCUUGUGCUCAUUGAAAUCAUCACUGAGCUGGGCUUCUAAAACUAAUCAAUUUUAAGGUGAAAAAGCUUAGACAAGCGUCUAAAAGACAUUGUGAUUUACUUGAUUCUGUUUCUGGAACCGAACUGUCUUGAACUGUCGUCAGGACACACUCAUGCAUUAACAGAUUUCUUACUCAACUAAAGUUCCAAGAAUAAUGAUUAAAGAUAUAUUUUUUAAUCUCAGGAUGAUAGGUAAGAUAAAUAAUUGUUAAUAAAUAAUAAAUUAUUUUGUAACUUUAGUGACAAUAGAGCCCUUCUUUCUGGCACUGAUAAAAAGGGUAGUGAUACCUCUUUUUAAAUGUUAAUGGUUUAUUUACUAUUAAUUGUAAGUAAUAUACUUAUACAUUUUUUACUCAACUAAAGUUCCAAGAAUGAUUAAUGAUUAAAGAUAUAUUUUUCGAUCUCAGGAUGAUAGGUAAGAUAAAUAAUUUUAUUUUUUAAUUUUAUUGACAAUAGAGCCGUCCUAUGGCACUGAUAAAAGGGCAAGAAUACCUCUUUUUAAAGGUUAAUGAUGUAUUUACUAUUAAUUGUAAGUAAUAUAAUGGCGGUAUGUAUUAUUGCAUAAAACAAAGGAUGAAUAUAUUGUAAUACAAAUUUUUU